AUGCGACUUCUGGAUGCGCGCAAAUGCCGACUUGAGCUCUUCAACGGUGCCGAAACCGACAUACCCCCAUAUGCCAUCUUGUCUCACACCUGGGGUGAUGAUGAGAUUUCCUUCCAGGAUAUCACGCAACUGUCGCUUGACGAGUUAGGUUAUCGGGAUGCGUUCUACAAAGUCAAAGAAGGCUGCGACCAGGCUCGGCGCGAUGGCUUCGAUUACAUCUGGAUCGAUACUUGCUGCAUCGACAAAACAAGCAGCGCUGAGUUGUCCGAGGCCAUCAACUCCAUGUUCAAGUGGUACCAGCAGUCCGCUCUGUGUUACGUCUAUCUAAGCGACUUUGACUCUGGGUUUUCGUAUCUGCCCACCGCUCAGCAAAAGAACCGGGAGAUUGAUCUACCUCCAGACGACACUGAAUUCUUUAGUAGUCGUUGGUUCACUCGAGGAUGGACCCUACAAGAGCUGAUCGCUCCACGGAGUGUCGACUUCUUUGACCAAAACUGGAUCAGAUUCGGGACGAGAGAUGGGGAUUUACUCGAUCGCGUCUGCCAGCGAACUGGAGUCUGGCCUCAGUUGUUUUCCGAACCACGAUGUGCUUGUCCUGGAGGAGACCCGGCUCCCCCCGUCCGCGACGGCAAUUGCAUGGAGUGUCACAAACCCGACUGUCUACCCCAGAUUCUCGACACUUUUGCCGUCUCAGUCAAGAUGAGCUGGGCAGCCAGCCGUGUCACGACCCGUAAAGAAGACGCUGCAUACUGCCUACUGGGAUUGUUCAGCAUCAACAUGCCCAUGCUCUACGGAGAAGGAGACAAAGCAUUUCUACGACUUCAAGAAGCGAUAGUGAGACAAUCGAAGGAUCAGUCCAUUCUCUUAUGGAAAGCUGGUCCAAGCCAAAUCCCCCAAGAGCGAGCCCCAGGUUGCUUAGCUCCCCUCUGCGAAACCUUCAAGGAUCCAGUCCGCAUCGUUGGACGUCGUGUCUUUAGCAACGUGGAUCGACGGUACGAAGCCGACUUUCUCGGAAACAUGGCCCCGAUGGAGAUCACAGACACAGUACUCCGAACGAACCUCUGGAUAUGCCCUUGUACUGUCAGUGCCUACAAUCCUCACCUUGAGGCUCACGCUUCACGGAAACUUUGGCUGGGCAUUCUUGAUCUUGCCUACGAUGACGAUUACCUCGCCCGGCCUGCCAUCUUGCUUGAACACAUGGGUGCUGUUGAUUUCUACCGACGAGUCUAUCAUGAGCUGAUAGUUGUGGUCGAUCCUCGGGAAAAGGUCACCUCGAUGAAACUUCGCUUUGGCCCGGACGUCGACGGUGGUAUUUCUCCCCAACAUGCCAUCGUUGAUAAAUCAACCAUUACCGUGGCACGAUCUAUUGAUGACGCUGUCAAGAAAGAUGUCGGCAUUCUCCUACAGCAGAGCCCUAUCAACGCGGUGAGAAUAAACCCUUCCAUCGAAGGGGGACCUGCAUCCGGACCAGUCUACUUUGUCGUUACGGCGCAUGAUAUGCAGUAUAGAAUGGACAGUGGCGGAAGUCAUCCUCCGUUCAGCAGAUACACAUCACGCGCGACUCAGAUCCCAUCCCCUUGGACCUUUAUGAAGUGUCAUCAUAUGGGCGUCGACCGGUACUUUGGUGGUAUUCACUUUGUCAACUUUACCAUCCAUAAUCGGCGAGUCUUGCACACCCACUCAAGGUCGGACCCGGCCGUUCAGGUUCAAAGGCGCGGAUACGUCGCCAUCAUCUGGGGUAUCCAGAGGGCGUUGAACUAUACAGGGGGAAACCCGUAUCCAUGGCAGCUUUGGUGCAGAGUCUUUAACAUGCACAACUUUAUCGAAUGCGCACGAACUUCAGAAGAUGAUUUGCGAGCGUCUCAGCUGUAUCUGGAGGAGGAAGCCCUCAGCCCGGGCGAGAUUCAAGGAAGGAUGGAGAAACAGCGCAGGCGGCUCUGCCACAUGGCCUACCAGGCGCACUGGAUUCGGCAAAAGACGGGCCCCAAGCGCUUAUUUCCUAUAUUAAGCGAAGAGGAAUGCCCGGAAGACUCUAUGCCCAACAUUCUGGAUGGUGACGAUAUUAGCAUACGCCUGUCGGCGAGAGUGGCCAUGACGGAAGCGCUGGGCCGGACAUUGUUUGAACUCAAGGUCAACCUCGACUAG